AUGUAUGAAGAGAUGGCUCACUUGACCGACGACGUGCCUCGCCGCUGCUCGCUUCCUUCUUUCAAAUCUACUGCAAGCAUGAGUGCUUCCGAUGUUGGCGAGGAGCGCCGACUUCCCCCUCUUCCCCAAAUCCUGCCUCUGCCUGCUCGUGGCCCCUUCAACCCAUUCAAUGCAAAGGAUGCCAUGGUUCCCACUACUCCUGGUCCCCAGGACACUUUCCAAUUCAAGUCACAAUGGCCCGCCGCCGAGCACAUUGUCGCUCCUCCCUCACCGGCCAACUCGGCUGAAAGCUCCUGGCAAGAAUCCUUUGCCAUGCAGAAGGCUGGUGCAGGAGACUGGCCCAACGACCUCUCACAGACCGAGAUCAUGGCCCUUGUGGCCCCGCAGAACCUCAACCGCAAAGCCCCACUCCAGCAGCUCUGCGGCCGCAAGCGCAAGGGCAGCGCCCAAUCUAUCGAGGACGAUCAGCGCGAGAAGCACCGCAUCGCAGAGGGCAAUCGCCGUAGCAACCUCAGUGACCUGCACCGCCAACUGGACAGCCGUAUCCACGACUUCUUCCUCGAGCGUGCAGGCUGGAACCCCUCAAAGAGCCUUACUCAAUCCAAGGAACACAUUGUGCAAGGAGCUAUCUACCUGGUUGACUUCAUGCUUGCCAUCAUCGUGCAUCUCAUCCGCCAAGAGCAGGUCACACCACAACUCUCAGAGAAGCUGCAGCCCCAAGUCCGCUGCAUGCAGCUGCAGCAGCUGGUCAGCUCCCUACAGCAGCAGAACCAGACUGCCCAGCAACAACUCAAGGCCACAAAGGCCGAGAACGAGACGCUCUUGGACCGCAACCGCGCCCUUGAGUUCCAGCUCAAGUCCUACGAGCAGAUGUUCCGUUCCCCCAAGGCCGAGAGCAACAGCCCCGGUCCCAUCGUCGAUUACCCCGAGCACAAGCGUCAGAAGAAGAACGGUCUUCCUGGCCUCCGGGUCUUCUGUGACGAGAUCGCCAUGGCUUCCGAGCCCUCUUCCGUCUACCAGGAUGGCAUGCCUAGCUCUACGUCACAGUCAUUCGGCAGCUCUUACCUCACUGCCACCCCUCCCAUGACUGGUCCUCCUUCUCCUGCUUUCCCGCCUUCUCACUCUUCCUCCUUCACAUAUGCCUCGGCACCUCGUCGGCACUCACUCAUCGCGUCUCCAUAA